CGGAAGUUUCUUUUUUGAAUUUGAAGCUAGCUGUCAUUAGCACUUCAGGACUACAAAUUUACUAGUUUGUGUUUUACACUUAUUUAUGUAAUAUUUAAACUAUAUGAAGUAUUAAUUAGUGCAACGAUGUAGCGAAUCACGACAUUACGACUUUUUUGGGGUACUAUGAGUUCCCUAGCCACGCAGCUUCCUGCACCAGCCUCAUCAUGCAGGACUUUACCUGGAGAGGGCAAUCAGGUGCAGCCUAAAGCUCCGCUCCUCCAGAUCCUGCGUGUCGCUGGAGCACAGGAAGAAAUCUUCACUUUGAAAGAGGUGAUGCAUUACCUGGGCCAGUACAUCAUGGGGAAACAGCUGUAUGACAAACAGCGGCAACACAUCGUCCACUGUCAGGACGACCCUCUGGGAGAACUGCUGGAGGUUGAGAGCUUCUCCGUCAAAAACCCAAGCCCUGUGUACGAAAUGCUGAAGAAGUACUUGGUAGUACUAGACGCUGCUGAGAAUGAGUCUGUGCGCCGCGAGUGUGUAGGGGGCGGAGUGGAGGACCGUGGUCAGGGCUGUGGGGGUGUGGUCAAAGCAGAGGGUCCUCUCCUGCAGACCCCCUCCCAGCGGCGCCCGCGGGACCCAGAUGAUGACUCAUGUGACGGCCUCCCUCGCUCUGCCUGUAAACGACCCAAACUGGAUGUGUCUCUAGACGAGUGGGACCUGUCCGGGCUGCCCUGGUGGUUUCUGGGUAAUCUCCGGAACAACUACAGCAGACGGAGCAACGGGUCCACGGACAUUCACACUAACCAGCUGUCUCCUGCUCAGGAGGAGGACACAGCAAUUGUCUCGGACACAACAGACGACCUCUGGUUCCUGACGGAGGCGGAGAGCGAGCAGCGCAGUGUGGAGAUGAAGGAGGCGGCGCUGGAGGAGAACAGUGGAGAUACAGACCCUCCCCCAGACGAUGAGGAGGUUGCCCGGGACGAUAAGGAACACAAGGAGAUGGAGGAGGACCCAGAGGACGACUCCCAAUGUCUGAGUGAUGACACUGACACAGAGAUCUCCACACAGGACGCCUGGCAGUGCUCCGAAUGUCGCAAGUUCAACACACCACAUCAGAAAUACUGCGUCCGCUGUUGGGCCCUCCGCAAAAACUGGUACAAGGACGUCCCCCGCCUCGCCCACUCCCUCUCUGUACCCGACAUCCCAGCAUCCACCUCUUCUCUCUCAGCCCACGACGAUGAAGAUUACGACAGCGACGCUGGCAUUGACGUACCGGAUUGUAGCCGAACCGUCUCCGACCCAGUAAUUCUGCCCUCCCACUCCACUGCGGAUCGUCCACUACCACCUCCAGGCUCCAAGGGUAAAGGGCCGAGGCUGUGCACUAUACCCAGGGAUCAACAGCUCUCGGUGGGGGAAGGAGACAGUCAGGAGAGCCUAGACAUGGAUGUGGAGGUUAAGCCUGAAGCACUGUUGGAGCCUUGUAAGCUUUGCAGGGUAAGGCCUCGAAAUGGGAACAUAAUCCACGGAAGAACGGCACACCUCUUAACUUGUUUUAACUGCGCAAAAAGGUUACAUAAAUUCCACGCGCCAUGUCCAGGAUGUGGUAAGAUUAUACAGAAAGUUAUAAAAAUAUAUGUGGUCUAGAAGUGUAGCCCACUUUUGGACAUAUUUGGCUGUACAAGUAUUUUAAAUGGACAAAAUGGGCCUAAAUGAGGACGAAACAAGGCAUAAAUACUAUAUAAAGUAUCUCGGACUUCAACUUUAAAUGUUUACGCAAGGACUUAUUCUGGACUAACCUAGAUCUGAGCCAGGUCAAAACCAGGUCAAAACCAGGACUGAGCCAGGUCAAAACCAGGUCUAAACCAGGAGUGCGUCUGGAUAAAACCAAGUAUAAACCAGACAAAAGUAGGUCAAAACUGUUUAAACUAGAACUAAACCGGGACUAAUCCAGAUCUAAGAAAAAUAUGACCAUACAAGUUACUAUCACAUCAAGACUAGGCCUUUUUAGACCUGGUUUAGACAUAACUUGAACUAGUACUUGACUAGUACUAAAAAUGGCUAAGCAGGGACUACCAAGACAAACGUAGCACUAAAACAAAGUGAGGACUAAACCGGGACUAGCACAACCCAUAGCUACAGCAAGACAAAACCAGGUCUGAACUAAAUGGGAACUAAACCAGGAAUCCUCCAAGAAGUCCAAACAAGGACUAAAACAGGUCUUAACCUGAACUAUUUCAAGACCUAGACUUUACCUGGACUUGGAACUACGAAAGACUCUGUGUUCCACUGAAAGCACCCACACCAUAGUUUGAAAACCGCUGCUCUAGAAAAAAAACUUAAAAUUUAUUUGUACUCUAUAUAUAUAUAGCUCUUAAAGCACCCAAUGAGCACCUUACUCACCGCUCGCCCAUCAGAAGACAUGGCACUUAAAGCUGGUUAAUUUUGCAUUACACUGCCACAUUGUGUUGUUGAAGCCAAACGUUAUAGUGCCACAUGUAAAGACUGGCCAAUUCAGUAGGUACAUCUGCCACAGAAAUGUAUAUUCUAUAGUGUGAUGUGGGCAAGUUGAGUAUCAGAGUGGAGAAGAAAGUCAGAUUUUAAAGGUAUACUCUAACUUUUCUGAGGGUCUGUCACUUGUGUCCAUGACGAAGGUUUUACUUGCCUGGAGUGUGGCAUUAAACUAAGCUAUCUUGUGUUUAAUUACAGAUGUUUUACUGCUACAGCAAGGCAAUGCUUAUUGCAUUGGAAUUUCACAAGUUUAAUGCUGUACUGUGGAACAAUAUAGACAAAGCAGUGGCAUCUCCAAAGAAACCAGAAACGAUGCAAAGCUCACCCACUUGUUCUCCAUUUUGAAUCUUAAUUUGAACAUCAACUAAUAUUUAACUAUUAAAGCCUAACUUCUCAUCAUGGCUUUAGUUUAGAUAUUUGUAUUACGGACAGUUGUACCUAAAGAAUAAGUGGCUUAAUAACUUACUACAGAUAAAGGCAUUCAGAUGUAACAGACGUAUUUAUUUAUAUGAAGCCAAUAUUGCAGAGUAUUUUGCGUGACCAUUGCAUUGUACAUAGACCUUUUUCUUACAUGUAUAUAGUAUAAGACUGCAGGAAAUAUCUACAAGAGUUGUAAGGAUUUGACUUCAUAACAUUAAUUUCGAUCAGAUUAUUCAUUGAACCUUAUGUGAUUUUUAAUUUUUUUUCUUCAAACUUUUAUUUGAUGGUUUUUAUCUCUGCAAUCUGCAAUGUUUCUCAGUCCUUGUGAUAUUUUUUUCCCUUGCCUUUUUCCCUCGUAAGCAAUCAUAUUUGUUCUGAUACAGACAGAUCUUGCAUGUCCCUGCUUGGCUAGUCCACCUGUCAAUCACACCCAUCUGAACCUGAGGAGAUUUAUCAGUGACCAGACUCACAUCUUCGUAAAGGAUUGGAACAGUGUGUGUUCUGGUUCACAGGCAAGGAAUAUUGUGUAGUGACUUAGAAAUUUCAUCCUAUAAGUAAAAUUUAUAGUGUGUUUGAAUAGAUUUCUUUUUCAGACCAAGGUUUAGUUUUUAUACCUGACAGUUUUGACUGCUCACUAGCAUCUUCAUCAGAGUGUUUACGUGAUGUUGCUUUGUUGUGUCCGGUCAGCUGAUUUAAACAGGAUUUGGCACUGUUUUCCUACUGGUGGAGGCAGGACAUCCUGAAGAAGUUGGACUGCAGAUGGCGCUGUUGUCCUGCCUCCACUGGUUGAAACUGUCAGGUAUGAAAACAAACUAAACCUUGGUCUGAAAAAUAAUCUAUUAAUAUAUUUUAUCAGUAGACCAGAUGAACCUCAUUGGACUAAAAUUUACAGUGUUGUCACGAUACUAAAAUUUCAAACUUGGAUUUCAAUACCAUGAUGAUAAUAAAAAACACAAUAUUUAGACUUAUUCUGAUACAGCUCAAUUUCAUUCUAAAGAUUUUCAGGAGAGGUUCAUUUCUGUCCUGUGAAUGUGACUUUUUAGUAUAUACCCGAGUAUCUUGUUUUGAUACAAGUUUUAGUAUUGAUUACUAAUAUCUGAUUUUACUUUUGACAGCCCUAAAAAUGUAUAGUAGUCAAGAUUAAUAUUCUGAAUAGAAGUCCUUUUCACUUUUGUAGAUGUAUUUUUUGCACUUUAGUUUGUUAAAUUCACCAAAUGGACAUAACAUUGGAAGCGUUAUGUCUGAUUGGUGAACUUGGGUUGCCUUUUGUAUAUAGCUCUUGACCUUCUCUCCCGAUACAUUUCUGGGCUGUUUCAGGGCAUUUUAGGGAGAAGAAAACAAAGCAACAGACGCAUGUCAUGUACAUACAAUUGUUGAUAUAAUAUUGAAUGAAACAUAAGUAGUAUCCGUAGGCCUAACAAAGCUCUAUCCUGCACCGUGGAGAUUUAAGCAGAACUCAGACAAAAAACAGACACAAAACACAAAAUAAAGUUACUGUGUAGCGCCCCCUACCUUUCAGAGCAUGCCCUGUUUAUUACUGGUGCCCUGUUUAUGUCAAUGGAAAUUCUCAAUAAUCCACAUAGCAAAUUUAUCCCUAACUGUUCUUUCCCUACACUAGUAGUUUUUACAUUGCGUUCUAUGGCAAAGGUCUUUUAAUGCGUCCAUAAUAAUCACUUGGUGUUACUUUCACUUUCUCCAUAUCCAUUUAUUUUAUUUUGGCUCCCUUGAUUUAACAACAUUUAUGCAGUUUAAGUAUUACUAGCUUGUUAGGUUAACCAUAAUAUCUUUCAAUAUCCCGCAUUUCUUUGCAAGAGUGAGCGAUACUACAAUAUAAAAUCCAUAGACUGUUUAUAUAAAUGCACAUAUCUAACCUGCUAGUCACCGCCUUCCUAAUAAGAAGUGAGCCUGGGCGCACUUUCGGCUCAGAUUCCAGUUCACUUUGUAUUGAAAAACUGUCAACUCGGUCUUAAAAUGUUCGUAUGAACCCGCUCACAGUCCAGUAUUUCUUUAUUUUGCCGUGCUGUGUGUGCCAACUCCCUGCUAAAGCAUCAGUGCAGACAGGAAGGGGCACAAACUACAAGGAUUGUGAUCAAGGCCUUUAAGGGUUAUGAACCGUUAAGGUAUACUUUAUUGAAUUUAACCAUCAACAAACAGUUAUUACUAAAAUUAUUUCUGAGUUCUGCUUAAAAUCUGUCAACUGAAGUGAAUGUCUUACAGUGUGUAUAUAAUUCUAUUUCUCUUGUGAAAAUUUAUGUAACCUGCCUCAAAAUGCAAGUCCUAGUGAUUGAAAUGUAACCACGUAUACUGUGGUCAAGCUCGCCGUGUGCCUGAACCUCUGGAUCUCUGCUUCUCCAUGGUAACGAGACAAUUGUGUUUAUUUAAUUUAUUUAUUAUUUUCUUGUUUUAAUCCUUUGUAGAGGCUAAUUGUUGUGUUUGAUUUCAGCGUUGCACUGCCAGUUGUAAUGAAUUCUUUUGUUUUUAGAUUUAUUUUGACCAAA